GGCGCCGGAGGAGGAAGACCAGCCUGCACUAUGAAUCCGUGGCUCCUGGUCUGCCUGGUGGCCUGCUUCGUGCGUGCCUGGGCUCCCACUGUCCACGCUCAAGGUGCUUUUGAGGACUGCUGCCUGGCCUACCACGGCCCAGCAAGACGGUCCAUGCUCCGGUAUGCCCAGAGUUACCAUCGCCAGGACGUGAGCGGGAGCUGCAACCUGCCUGCGGUGAUAUUCUUCUUCCCCCAGAAAAACAAGAUGGUGUGUGGGAAGCCAGGGGCCAGGUGGGUGCAGAUUGGGAUGAAGAUCCUAGAUGCUCGAAAGAAGACUCAGUUAAAGCCCCACCACGGCACCCGGAGAAACUUCCCGGUCCCUCAUUCUGGGGUGAGGAAGUUGAGCCCCGGAACCUCCACGCUACCAUUGUCGAAGUUUAGUGGUCCCACCAGAAACAGCAAGAGGAAAACCUCUCUCCUGACAACAGCUAAGCCAGGACCAUGA